AUGACAUCAGAACAAAGUCUCACUCUUGCUAAGGAAGAGGAGGUUCGUGAAAUCAACAAUGAGUUUGAUACAACCGACAGUGAUGAUCCAAUCUCCUACGAUGAGGAGGGUCGUGCUGGAAGAUUUUUAAUCAAGAGAUCAUGGUCCGAUGUCUUUACUAUUAUUUGUUCUGGUUGUGCCUUGUUAUCUGAUGGCUACCAAAACAGUUGUAUGAACAUGCUCAACUCUGUCUUCUCUGUGGCAUACCCAAAAGAUUACACAUCUUCAGUGAAAACUAGAGUUUCUAAUGCCUUGACAAUCGGUGAGAUUAUCGGUCAGAUCACAGUUGGAUUGACUUGCGAUUACUAUGGACGUAGAUGGGCCAUUUUGAUGACUACAUCUGUUAUUGUUAUUGGUUCUAUUCUUGGAGCUGCCAUGAAUGGUGCCACUAUUGCAGGAAUGUUUUGGAUGCUUACCGUAGCCAGAGGUGUUACUGGUUUUGGUGUUGGUGGUGAAUAUCCAGCUUCAUGCACUUCUGCUGCUGAAGCUUCAAAUGAAGCUGUGAAGAGAAGAGGUGGUGUUCUUGUUUUAGUCACCAACUUUCCAUUAAGUCUUGGUACUCCUUUCGCUUUGAUUGUUUUCUUGAUUGUCUACACUGCAACCGGUUCUGGAACACAUUUGAAUACUUGUGCCCGUAUUUUGCUUGGUCUUGGUUGUGUUUGGCCUAUAGCGGUUUUCUACUUCAGAUGGAAGAUGGCUACUCCUUUGUUGUACAAGAAAUCAGCCAUCAGGAGAAAUGUUCCAUACUUACUCUCAAUUAAAUUUUACUGGAGAAGGUUGAUCGGUACAGGUGCCUGCUGGUUCUUGUAUGAUUUCAUUACUUUUCCUAACAGUGUUUUCUCUUCAACAAUUAUUUCGUCUGUGAUGGAUGACACUACAAACUUGACAAAAGUUGCCGAAUGGAAUCUUUUAUUGGCCGUUUUCUCUAUUCCAGGUGUUCUUAUUGGUGCUUACUUGGUCGAUAGAAUUGGAAGGAAGUACACUAUGUGUAUUGGUUUCAGUGGAUAUGUCAUCAUGGGUCUCAUCAUUGGAUGUGCAUACAAUAAAAUUAAGAAGAUUGUUCCUUUGUUUAUUGUUUUCUACGCUCUUUUCACAGCCCUUGGUAACGGCGGUCCGGGUGAUGUUUUGGGUUUGGCCUCUUCUGAGAGUUAUGCUUCUCCAAUUAGAGGAACUUUCUAUGGUUUCUGUGCCGCAGUUGGUAAAGCUGGUGCUGCCAUCGGUACUGAGGCAUUCACUCCAAUUGAAAACAACCUCGGUAAGAACUGGACUUUCAUCAUUUCAGCUAUUUGUGGUGCUGUCGGUGUUACCUUAUGUUACUUCUUUGUUCCUCAUCUCAAAGACCCUGAUUUAAUGGCAGAAGAUAUUAGAUAUUUGAGAUAUGUUCGUGCUCAUGGUUGGACCGGAACUUUUGGUAUCCAAGAAGAAGCAAAGCAGAUCAAGGCUGUUACUUCCGAUGCAACCGAAGAAUAG